AUGGGCCAAAGUCUGGAUGUGCUCAGAACUUGUGAUGGAAGUGAUGGACAUGAUGCUAAAAUGAAGCCAACUACCAACGCCACCAGAGGUUCGCCAACAUGGGAUGAUGAUGUGGUAGUGAAUUGUGCGGCGUUGGAGGAAGGCGUGAAAAGCGUUGUGGCAUCUGCAAAUCGUGGAGGGGCCCGUAUCAGUGAUGAGGUCUUGCUGAAUCAUGAACUUCUGCAGUAUGCUCGCCAGGGCAACCUUCGGGGUGUCAGCGAAGCGCUGGACAAAGGUGCAUGGACAGAAACGCGACGGCCAUUGGUCAUGAAACCGCAAAAGCCCGAUGCUGGAAAGAGAGGAAACGGCGACGAGCCAGCUGUGGUUGGCAUGACGCCGAUCAUGUUUGCUGCACAGAAAGGUUCGGUAGAUUGUGUGAAACGAUUGCUACAAGCUCGCGCAGAAGUCAAUGCUGUCGAGGAGGACGGUUGGAGUGCUCUGCAUUUUGCCUGCAAGGAGGGCAACUUGCAAGUGUGUCAGUCGCUGCUGGAGUGCAAAGCAGAUCCAGCGCUCAUGAACAUUGACGAGCAGAGGCCGGAAGAUGUUGCAGAUGAGGACUGUCGCUUGGAAAGGUCAGGAAAGGAUGAUUAA